AUGAUAGAACAGUCAAAUUCUCUGCUUUUAAACGAAGAAGCAUUAAAGCUUUGUACAGAUUCCAAGAAGGCUGUGUUUGUUUACGAAUGGUUACGAUAUCUUGAUCGGAUACUGCCUGCUGCACAAAAGGACGAUAUAAAAACUGUACAAAAGCAGCUUGUUGGGCAGUUAACAUCGCGUCUUUUAGCUACACCUGGGCCACCUACCAGAGAAUUACUGGCGAAAUGCAUUGCACAAAUAUACUCAAUUGGAGAUACUUACAGUCUAUUUGAAACAAUUAAUUCGUGUAAUGAUAUUUUGAAAAGUCGAGAUGAUUCACCGACCUAUCUUCCAGUCAAACUGGCAGCCUUGCGAUGUCUAGGACAAAUGUAUGAAACUCUGGGUAGAUUGGUAGGUCGAAGUUAUGAAGAAACUUUUCAUUAUAUGGCGAAGUGGUUGAAGAAUGCUGAGUCGCAAGGACGUGCAGAAAUACUACAAACUUAUGCAAAGAUGGUAAAGGGUUUAGGUAUCGCCGCGUCUUCAGUACACAAAGAUCUGUAUAAAACUGUGAAGACACACAUAGCUGACCGUGUUAUGGCGGUUAGAGUAGCCGCUAUAAAUUGUCUAACUGCAUUAGUUUCGGAGUACUCUUUGUUGUACACAAACGAAGUUGAGAGCAUCAGCACACUGUGUUUCAAAGCGCUUGAAUCUAGUAAUUAUGAAGUACGUCUUGCAGUGGCUGAACUAUUUGCUACAUUAUUUGGUGCUGCAAUAAAUCCUCCAAGACAGCAUAUAUCUAGUACAAGCAAAGCCCAUCUUAGUGCAGCAUCUCCAAAGUUGUUAACCAUUGAAGAUUGUUUGGGUGUUUUGUCCCAUGGCUUUUUGAGAGGUGGAAUUGGCGGAUUUUUAAAAACCGGCUCUGUAGCAGUCACUGGAGGACAGAAGGAAACACGGAUUGGAAUUGCACUCGUAGUUUUUAUGCGUCGGUGUAUUGGUUAUGUUUUUCGAAGUACAGUUGGUACCAUUCUUGGAGAACAAGCACAAAUUGGUGUUUGCCGGCAGUUGGGUGCAGUGUUAGCUGAUUGCAUAAAUUCUUUUGAUUUAUUUACAGAUUACAGUCUUGAUCCUGGAGUCGAAAGAUUGUUGGGGGCAGAGGCACAUGCUAGUGCUCAAGUAGCAAUCACUAUAUUGUCUGAGAUCUCAUGUUUGGUACGGCAAAUUGGUACAGCAGUAACACCUUUGUUCACUGAGGCAUCAGGUAUAAUGGAGCCUGUUUUUGCUUGUUUGUUGCAUCCAAUUCAAGCUACCCGAAUAGCUGCUGCAUGGUGCUUGCGGUGUGUGACCUUUAGUGUCCCUUCUCAACUUGCCCCUUUAAUUGAUCGCUGUAUUAACAGGCUAGAACAUAUGAAAAGUUGCAGUGAUGCAAUCAGCGGCUAUUCGUUUGCAUUAAGUGCUCUCCUUGCAGGCUCUUGUGAGUGCAAACUUGGUAUUCCAUAUUGUAAAUCAAGACAAGUCUUCACUGUAGCUGAAGAUAUGAUAAAAACAGCUUCUCAAGCAAGCAGUUUAACUCAAGUGAAGUUGCAGUCUGGUUGGAUCUUGGUCUCUACCGUUCUGAAAUUUGGUGGAACGACUGUGCAAGAUUGUAUGAGAAGACUGAUACCAUUAUGGAAAAGUUCAUUUCCGCGAUCAGUAAAAGAGGCAGAAGUAGAAAAAAAUCGUGGAGAUGCGUUUACAUGGUUGUGUACCUUAGAAGCUCGUAUUGGAGCUCUAGCGUCAAUGGCUAUUUUCUUGGAAUACUCUUCAGUUUCAGUGACUGAUGAUAUUAUGAAGAAGAUUCUUUCAGCUGUGGAGUGCUCUCUUAUUACAGUUUCACACAUUUCGGCAUUGCUCAGAAGUUUUGGGACAAAAUUGAGGACUUUGAUGACACUUCUACGCAUUCGGAUAUACCAGCUGCUAAGUCUUCUUCCCCCAAAAUACUACGAACACACUUAUGCAUCAUUGUUACGUGAAUUGGUUGCUGAUCUGACUCUCUCUGAUAAUGGGCAGUCAACUGCUUGUACUUCGAUGUUAUCUUCGUUUUGUCCUGGUGUCGAUAAAUCGUUACUGAAUGCAUGGAUCAGUGACACUGAUCACGCAUUUAUUGAGUUAGAGAUGCAUCCAUCUCAAAAUUCCGCUAGUGGCACCAUCGAUAAUGAUCCAUUGUGUAUUAUGAAAGUUGCUAUUGAUGAUGCUUUAUGGUGGCCGGAGCCAUUGACUCAUGCAGUGGAAGUGAUCAACGCAGCAAUUAAUAUGUAUGGCAGAAUAUAUCCUCAGGUUCCACUUAAGCAUAAGCUCCAAAUGGCUGAACAUUUCGCUGAAUGUGUCAGGGGUACCAGAAAUGUUGCUCGACAGCAAUCAAUACAAAAAAAUAUUUUUGGCUGUUUACUUGCAUCAUUCAGAGCUGUCUCGGAACAAAAAGGGUUACGUUUGGAAGGUGAAGCUUUACAAAAAGCCAAUAUUGAUCUAAUUGUUCCAUCUCUCUCACACGCAAACUCUCUUAUAAGAUGUGCAGCAGCAGAAACACUGGGUCGUUUAGCCCAAGCUGUUGGGGAUGCGCAGUUUGUGGCGAGUAUGGCGCAAUAUAGCUUUGAUAAACUGAAAAAUUGUCGAGAUGCCAACAACAGAACUGGCUAUGCUUUAGCAUUAGGAUCCUUGCAUCGUUAUGUUGGUUCUUUGGGUAGUGGUCAACACUUGAAUACCAGCGUUUCGAUUUUGUUAGCUUUAGCGCAAGAUGCUACUUCACCUUUGGUUCAGUCGUGGUCAUUGGUUGCACUCAGUUUAAUUGCUGAUACUGGUGGUGGAAUGUUCCGUGGAUAUGUUGAGCCUAGUCUGAGUCUCUGUUUAAAGUUGUUACUGGAUACACCUUCUGCUAAUGGUGAUGUAUUGCAAUGUACUGGAAAACUUGUAUCUGCAUUGAUCAACACAAUGGGGCCCGAAUUACAACUUGUAGGUGUUGUAGAAGGAACAAGAACAUCAUUUUUGAUUGCGAGUGUCAUGAUGCUCAACAGCAAUGAUUUUUUGGUUCAAGCGGAAGCAGUGACCUGUUUACAGCAACUUCAUCUUUUUGCCCCUCGACAUGUCCAUCUUGACUGGCUUGUUGUUCGACUUUGUAAACUUCUUUCAAGCCCACACUUAAUUUUGCGGAAAAUUGCCGUUUGUUGUCUGAGACAACUCGUACAGCGUGAAGCGAAAGAAGUUCGAGAACAUGCUCAAAGUCUUGUACCGCAGGGUAUUAUAAAUAAUGUGGGACGAAACAAUAUGGAACAGGCAUUGCCAGAAACAGGUUUAGAGGGUGCUCUCCUGGCUAUGCUUGAUGUAGAAACAAAUGCAAAGCUCAUACAAGAUGCUAAAGAAACGUUAAUUUCAUUGGUUCAAGCAACAAGUAGUGAUUUGCUUACAUAUUGGUUGUCGUUAUGUAAAGAUAUCUUAGCAUCAUGUAUGGGUGCUGAUAUUCGGAGUACUAUACAAAUAGAAGAAAAAGGUAUCGAAGGUGUUGGAGAUGAAGAAGAUGAACAUGAGAGCUUAGAUGAUGAUGUAACUUUGAAAUCAGCAUCCGCUCGAGAGGAGAAAACAAAAGUAAUUCCACGGUGGCCUAGUCGAGUAUUUGCCACAGAAAUUGUGCAGAAAGUUAUGUCCGUUUGUGACUCAGAAAGGGCUCAUCUUGAUCUUGCUCUUGCUAAGGAGUUGCAGAUUUCUUCCGGUGGUCGAACUGAUUACUUGGUACUUCAUUUAUCAGAUUUAGUGAGGAUGUCUUUUAUGGGAGCAACGAGUGACAAUACCAGUUUGCGUCUUGCGGGGUUGGCAUGCUUGCAAGAUGUGAUAACUAGGUUUUCAGCUAUUCCGGAACCUGAGUUUCCAGGACAUGUCAUUCUGGAGCAGUUUCAAGCUCAGGUGGGAGCUGCCUUACGGCCAGCAUUCACUGCAGACACUCCUAGUGAUGUGACUGCUGCUGCUUGUCAAGUUUGCAGUACAUGGAUCGGCAGCGGUGUUGCUCAAGAUCUUAAUGAUUUACGGCGAGUUCAUCAGCUUUUGGUUUCGUCACUCGGAAAACUUACUCAUCGCUCAAUAAAUACACAGCUUUAUAGCGAAAGUGCUGCUACGCUGGAAAAGUUGGCAAUUUUAAAAGCUUGGGCAGAAGUUUAUAUCGUUGCUGUCGAACAAGAAAAACGAAAAGAAGUCAAUAAGGCUGCAGCUUUAAAAAAUGGAGAAGAAUAUAUUUCCUCUCAAGAAAGUUUAUUGAGCUUGGUUUCUCCUGAGCUUAGUUCGUUAAUUGAUUGCUGGUUAGCAGCAUUGCGCGAUUCAGCUCUUUUGUCACUUCCUCCUGAAUUUAAGUCUCAGUUACCAGUUGAAGGUGGAGCGUACUAUAUUGCGGAAUGCGCAGAUUUUUGCAAGGAAUAUUAUCGAGCAAGUUGGCCUUCAAUAUUAUUAGCCGCCUGUACAUGGCUCAGGCAAAAUAAUUUCGUGCUUCAACAGCACGUUAAUAAUUUGAAGGACAUUGAAAUGGAUGAAGUCAAAGAAAGUCAUUUUCACAUAAUGUUGGGGAUAUGUAUGGAGACUCUUUGUUCCAACCGCACGCAUAUUGAGGGAGAUUUAACAGUUCAAUUCUGUUUGCGAUCACUGAAGAAUCUUUUGGGAUGCAGUUGGUCGCAAACAUCCCUAAUGAGUAGUGCUCGUUUACCAGUUGAAAUUAUAAAUGUGCUUUACAGGCUAAUUUUAACUCGAGAAAACUUGCGAACUCAACAACUCUGUGCCGAGGUCACAAUGACAAUACUUGAUGCUGCACAGUACACAAUUGCAGUGGAAAAAAAAACAGAAGGAAAUGAGGAUAAUAAUAUGUUGAAACAGCGAAAAUUUGACUUCUUCAAAGGUUCUGGUAGAGCAGAAGGUACUGAUGGUCUACUGUUAACUGAUUCGUUGGCAUUCGCUGUUUUGGAAGUAGCUCUUUGCAUUUUGGUUAGACAAGUUCCUCAGAUAAAUUCGGUUUCAAUGAAGAGUAAAUCAACAGCUCCUCUUCAUUAUCGAAAAUAUUCUCGCCUUCCUCUAGAAUCUAACACUCUCAUAAAAAUGGGUCUGGAUAUUCUUACUCGUAUUCCAAUGCUGUGUUCACCCGAUGGUGUUGUUGUUGUGCUCCCAAGCAUUCUGUAUCUCAUUCUAGGAGUUUUGCGUGAGUCAUGCGUCAUUGAUAAGGAUCAGCUGGUACCUGAUGCUCCAUUCGGACACGUCUCUUUGGCUGCUGCUGCAGCCAUGCAGGGAUUGAGAACAAUACUUGCAGCAGUUCCUAAUGACUCAACUUUUUUAAAAUGGACGUUGGUGAUGAAAAGUGCUUUAAUUUCUAUGUUAAAUAUGGCAGGAGAUAAUAAAACUGAUUGUGCAGUCAUAAUGUUGGCGGUCGCUGUUUUUGUCACGUCAUCUCCACGCCAAGUGGUUAUGGGUAGCAAGAGUCUUCUGACUAGAAUUUGCAGAUUAUUCGAAACAUGUUUAGAAAGUGAACAUAAGCAGGUGGUUAUAAAGUGCUUACAAAGCUUGGCGUCUAUUUUCAGUCGACGUGAAAUAUGUUAUCCAUUCAUUGCAAAGCUUGUUCCAAAAGUUUUGAACAAAAUCCGACCUUUUGUAGCCGGUGUUUCGCAGGAAGAUGUAAUUAUUCCAGAAUCUGAUGAUGAUGUGGCUACUGUACAAGAAGCUAUACGCGUAUUAGAAAUUGCGCUUUCGGUUGCGGAACAAAACAAACGAUUAGCGAUUGUCAAUCUUGUUGUCCAGGUAAUAGGUUCAUUUUUGUGUGAGGACCCGGCAACACGCUACAGACGAUUGACUGUUCCUGAGCGUAAACUUCAUGAUUUUGCACUGAAUAGAUUGAACGCUAUCGGUCCUUGCUAUGCAAAAGAAUUCAAAAAAGUGCUCUUCUCCUUUCCUGAACUGAAAUCAAAGCAUGUCUCCUUCAUUUUUUUGUUUCUGAACUACGUACUUCCAGUGACUGAUGCAUUUGUACUAUCCAUUAGGAAUAGAACUAUCAGUACGCCAUCAAACAAGUCGUUCAGCAGCUGCACAACAAACCCAGCUUGCUGUCAAUGGGAAUUGUGUUAG